ACUCCGCUAUAAAAUCCCUUCUCCCAUUCGUUACUGCGAGAAUAUUUGAGAGCGGAAGCCUGCCUAUCUAGGGUUUUGAUUUUUCAGCCAAAACAGCCCGAUCGGAGUUGAGCAAACCAGAAAACGAGAAGAGAGAGGUGUUGGUCAAUGGCCGAGGAGGCAAAAGCAAAGGGAAACUCUGCUUUUUCGGCAGGGAAAUUUAAUGAGGCAGUGCAGUUCUUCUCUGAAGCGAUUGAAUUGGCUCCUUUAAACCAUGUCCUGUACUCCAAUCGCUCUGCUGCUUAUGCAUCUCUUCAUGACUACGAAAGCGCCUUAAAAGAUGCAGAGAAAACAGUUGAAAUCAUGCCCGACUGGUCCAAAGGUUACAGUCGGCUUGGAGCUGCUCAUCUUGGCCUCUCGCACUAUGAAGGUGCGAUUGCUGCUUAUAAGAAAGGCCUUGCUCUUGAUCCAAAUAAUGAAGCCCUAAAAUCAGGCCUUUCUGAUGCUCAGACAGCUCUUCGAAACCCUAAUUCUUCUUCUUCUUCUGCACCUUUUGGUAACAUAUUUCAGGGACCAGGGCUUUGGGCUAAGCUCACUUCUGAUCCCACAACUAGAGGCUAUCUUCAACAACCAGAUUUCUUACGUAUGCUCCAAGAUGUCCAGAGAAACCCUAAUAAUAUUAACAAGCAUUUAUCAGACCCUCGAAUGAUGCAAGUUCUUGGUGUUCUGCUCAAUGCCAAGCUGAGGACAGCAACACCAGAGGAGAUGGAGAGAGAAGUUCCAAUGGAUGAGGUCAAGGAAAAAGCUAGUUCUCCUCCAAAGGAGGAGGUCAAGAGAGAGAGAGAAGAGCCAGAGCCUAUGGAGAUUGUGGAGGAGAGAGAGAAGAAGUUGAGAAAGGACGAGGCUCAAAAGGAGAAGGAGGCUGGGAAUGCAGCGUACAAGAAGAAGGAUUUCGAGACUGCAAUCAAGCAUUACACGAAGGCCAUGGAGAUUGAUGACGAGGACAUAUCCUAUCUCACCAAUAAAGCGGCUGUGUACCUAGAGAUGGGAAAGUAUGAAGAGUGUAUCAAGGACUGUGACAAGGCUGUUGAGAGGGCAAGAGAGCUUCGCUCUGAUUAUAAGAUAAUCGCUAGGGCAUUGACUAGAAAAGGGAGUGCCCUUGUCAAGCUUGCCAAGUGCUCUAAGGACUAUGAGCCAGCUAUUGAGGCUUUUCAAAAAGCCCUUACAGAGCACCGCAAUCCGGAUACAUUGAAAAAGCUUAAUGAAGCAGAGAAAGCAAAGAAGGAUUUAGAGCAACAGGAAUAUUAUGAUCCAAACAUAGCAGAUGAAGAGCGUGAGAAAGGUAACGAGCUCUUCAAGGAGCAAAAAUACCCAGAAGCUGUGAAACAUUACACCGAAGCCUUGAGGAGGAACCCUUGUGAUCCCAAGGUUUACAGUAACAGAGCUGCAUGUUAUACAAAGCUCGGUGCAUUGCCUGAAGGGCUGAAGGAUGCAGAGAAGUGCAUCGAACUCGACCCAUCAUUUCCAAAGGGAUAUUCAAGGAAAGGUGCAAUCCAGUUCUUCAUGAAGGAAUACGACAAAGCAUUGGAGACAUAUCAAGAAGGGCUUAAACAUGACCCCAACAACCAGGAGUUGAUGGAAGGGGUGCAAAGGUGUGUUGAACAAAUCAACAAGGCCAGCAGGGGUGAACUAAGUCCAGAAGAGCUUAAAGAGAGACAGGCAAAGGCUAUGCAAGACCCAGAAAUACAGAAUAUUCUCUCAGAUCCUGUCAUGAGACAGGUACUGAUUGACUUCCAAGAGAACCCUAAGGCAGCACAAGAACAUCUGAAGAACCCUCAAGUGAUGCACAAGAUCCAGAAGCUUGUCACUGCAGGCAUUGUUCAGAUCAGAUAAGCGAGGUAGAGGUGAGGAAGAAAACAAAAAGACAAGGGAUUGUUAUUGGUAAAUUUAAUGGAAAUUUGCUUGCCCCUGUAAUUUUGGUGGAUGGUUAAGUUAUGGAAACUGGCUCCAUUGGAAGAUUUUGUUGGAACUUUUUUUUGUGGUGUCCCAUGAAAAUCUUGAUUGGUUUGUGCAUUCUGUCCUUCAAUAAUUACUCUCUUAUUUGUCGCGAAAAA